AUGCUUUUCCUUCCUCGGAGAAUUCUUGAAUUUCCAGGAUUUGAGCAGACGCACAGAAGGUCCAAGUUCCACCUUCAAAUGCUUACAACCUUGUGGAUAGCAGUUCUAGUGACUGCAAGCCUUGGUGCUGUGACACUUUUCAUUCGUCGGAAACAAUUUCCACUUCCCCCGGGCCCUCGAGGCAUCCCAAUCGUCGGGAACUUGAGAGAUCUCCCGAGCCCAACGCAGAAAGACUGGCUGCACUGGCUAAAACACAAAGAUCAAUAUGGGCCUAUUAGCUCGCUAAGUGUUUUGGGAACUCAUAUCAUAAUCCUUAACGAUGCGCGAUUAGCUGUCCAGUUAUUGGAGAAGCGGUCGUCCAUUCACUCGAUGCGCCCACAGCAGAAUUUCACUGAUAUGUCCGGGUGGAAUAAUGUUCUUGGCGCACGCAGGAACCCAGAACAUGUUCGCAAAACCCGUAAAUAUUUGUAUCAGGAGAUCGGGUCCAAGAAGUCUGUUUCGGCCUUUGAUCAUGUCCAGAGAGCAGAAGUUAGUCACUUCUUGCUGAGGCUUUUGAAUGACCCGAGCAAGCUUCAGCAGCAUAUACGAAAGUGGGUUUAUUGUGUCCUCGACCGUCAAGCCAUGAUUAAUGCUAAUAUGAGCAGAGAGGCUGGCGGGAUUGUUUUGAAAAUCGGCUAUGACUAUACCAUCGAGCAACAUGAUCGAGAUCCCCUUGUGGAUUUGGCUGACAAGGCCAUGGAGGACUUUUCCAUUGCAUUGCUCCCAGCGACUUGGGCGGUCGACUUCAUACCUAUGUGUAAGUGCAAACCGGGCAGAUCUUAUUCAAUGCUGCUAACGAUGUUGAUAGUGAAGUAUUUGCCGACCUGGUUUCCGGGCGCGAAGUUCAAAACCAUCGCAGCAGAGUUUAACAGAAGACAACAGGCCUUCAGUGACAUACCCUACGAGUUUGUCAAGCAGCAGAUGAAGAAAAACUGCGCUCCAUCUUUCUUGUCCAAUCUGCUUCAGGACAACCCUCUAGAGCACGGAAGCGAAGAAGAAAACAUUGUGAAAUGGUCAGCCGGAUCCCUGUAUGCUGGAGGAGCAGACACAACAGUGUCCUCAAUUGCAAGCUUUUUCCUCGCCAUGGCUUUGUUCCCCGAGGCACAACGUAAGGCCCAGCACGAACUCGAUACGGUGCUUGGGGAGAAGCAACUUCCGCAGUUUGAUGACAGGGAAAACCUCCCUUAUAUUAACGCACUGGUCAAAGAGGUACUUCGGUGGCAUCCAGUCGUCCCCGUGAACCUAGUACAUACAUCCAACGAGGAUGAUAUCUGUGAGGGAUAUUUCAUCCCCAAGGGAUCCUCCAUCCUAGCCAACAUCUGGGCGUUUACACAUGAUCCAGAAGUCUACCAUGAGCCCAUGGUCUUCAACCCCGAUCGCUUCCUAGCUUCCUCGGAUCAAGUCCCGGAACGAGAUCCGCAUCUACUGGUGUUCGGAUUCGGACGACGAGCAUGCCCUGGCCGUACGUUGGCGGAUGCAAAUGUAUUCCUGACUCUUGCACAAACGCUAGCCGUCUUCAACAUAUCAAAGCCACUCUCGAAAGGUGACCGAGAUUUAGAGUAUGAUUUUAUUCCGGGUGUCAUUAGCCAUCCUGCCCCGUUCGAUGUGUCUAUCCAGCCACGAAGUGACGGACACAGAGAGUUGAUUGUUUCGCUUGAGGAGAGUUAUCCCUGGGAGAAGAGUGAUGCGGACCUUCUCCCAUCUGUGCAAAUAUAA